AUGUCGACAUCAAUUUCCCCUCCUCAUCUUUCUCAUCCAAAAACACCUCCACGUCCUUCACUAAGACUCAACCUCAUAUCACCAUUCGUUGAUCCUUUCGAUACACCCACUCGACGCGCUUUAGUCACGCCCCUUUCUGCUUCACCGACAGCUUGCAGUUCCCUCGAAGUUUCCCCAACGCCCGAGACCUCCAUUCGGACAGCCUACGUCGCAGGAAGAAGUGGGGCAGACCUCAUUCGUAUUCUCGACUUGGAUAUCACACCUCGAUCCCGUCAAAGAGAACCAGACGACAUGUCUUCAUCUCUCGUUCGGAAUCAUUCCCGUCGUACCGGAACGUCAACGGAGGCACGGAUGGAUGUACCCCUUGGAGUCGCCAUGACUACCGAAUCAUCUUCUCCCAGAGCUCGGGACCGCUCUGCAUGUCCUCCGAUCACCAAAGCUACCUCAUCAAUAUCUCCCUCAUCUCAUUCUGGUUUUGAAGGAGAUCAAGAAGAGCUAGAUGUUGGGUCAAUGCCAGAGAUCAGAUCUAUCCCAGAUCAACCUCCAUCUCAGACUCAACCAUCCGACUCAUUCCUACGCCUAUCCAUGGAUUCCUCGAUAUGGGGGUCAAAUUACGUUCCUCCCUCAGAAACACCAACGAAUUAUACCCGUAUCAGCAACGUCCCUUCUGUCCCUCCUGUUCAUCCCGACACGUCGUUCUUCCGUUUCUCUCAGGCUGCAUCUUCAAUCUCGGACUUUGCUGGUUCAGCAAUCCAAUCGACGUCGUCUUUACCGCUUACCCAACAAAUUCAACAGAGUAGAGGUGUCGGUAUGACCACUAUCUCGGAAGAGUCAGCGCCACGAAGUAAGACGACAAAAAGAGAGAGCAGCGAUACGUUUGGAAUGUCUCGUAGAUGGAGCGCCAUUGAUUCUGUGACUUCAGACGAGGUCGCAAGAGAGUUAGACAAUGUACCAGAGGACGGUGAAAUCAAGAGUGGGUCUUGGAGAAGGAGAAGACCUUUGUCAAUGUCUUCAGCUUCCACUUCCACGGGAUACUCUGGUCCGAUGACGGGAAAUAAAGAAUACACUUCUCCAUCUCUCGGAUAUUACCCAUCACCGACACAAAAACAUCAGAAACAUAAGAAACCAGAGACCGAAGAGGCUAUACAAGCUCAUCUACUCAAGAGCAGCGCUAUGAACCCCAAUCGGAUCGUACCGCGUCUUCAAUCGCCUACAUCACCAAAGUUCCAAAAGUCCAGCCCUGUCACUACACCCAAGAAAGACAAGACCCCUCCUAGUAGUGGUACACCACUGAGGGGCGGUGGCGUCGAAGAGGAGACCAGGGAGAACUCUGUAGGGUCAGACUCGGAACUUGCUUACAUGGGAAAUGGAGUCAAGAGGACCACAAGCGCUAGAAGCGCUAGAGGGAGGAUGAGCAAACUUGAUCAGAUAUUAGGAGAAGGGGCAGAGACGGCGAGGGUGACAAUGCAAUUUGAGAAGAGAGCUCUGGAGAGUGCCGUGGAGAUGAAGGGUGCCGGCACCGGUUUACCUCCUCCCCUUCGCGGUCACCGUCCUUCUCCAUCAACCCCGCUUCCCGCUGUCAAACACAAACUUCAUCCAUCACCCCCAGUCACUCCCAUAUCCUCCCGACGUCGGGGCGUAGGACCCGAAUUGCUCAUUACCCCUCAUCGUUCAGCUUCUGUCGAUUCUCUUCCCUCUCUCCAUCCCUCUCUGUCCGAGAGCACCCAUACUGUCGCUCGUCUUCUUCCCACAAAAGAUCUCCCUCCCGUCCCAAAACAUUCUCAACCCCCACUAAACCGACCGGACUCAACACUCCGUGCAACCAACGACCUUCCACCUGAUCAACGUGCCGUCCUUCUCAGACGAGCCAAAAAGCUCGAGCAAAUGCUAGGUACUCCUCUUGACGAAAGACAAGUCGAGCGAUUGGUCAUUGAACCCAGUACGGGAGUAAGCACUAUCGUGACCCAACACGUGGACGAUGCAUGGCCUCGUACACCUCCUUCGAGGACGCAAGAAUGGCAGAGGGAUGAUUGUGUCCCUCAGAGGGUAGAAGUGCCAAGUGGGAGUCUGAUGAGGAAACAGUCCUCUCGACUUGCGCAGAGAGCCAUGGCGGCGUUGAGGAGAAAUGAAGACGGUGAUAGGGAGUCUGAUAAGGAUUUAAGGGUAUACGUUUCUAGAGAAGUGAGAGUGGCAGAGACUAGGCAGAGGAGUCAAUUGCCUGAUUUUGGCGGGAGCGCUAGGGACGCUCCAAACAGUCCAGAUAGUGGGCGGAAACCAUGGUUUUUGCGUGAAGAAGGGAGUCCGGGACAAGAAGAGGAUCUACGCAAAGUGCGACGGGUGCAGUUGGCCAAAUUACAUAGGUUACUCGGAGUUCCCAUCCCAGCUGACCUCCUAACUCGGCCAUCACAAGACUCUAUGGGCGAUAGAUCCGGGACCCCUCCCAGCCAAGCACAGAGGGCUAUCUCGCCAGAAGAAUCGUUCUUAAUCACGGACGAGCGAACUCCCUCUCUGGCCGGAUCUAUCUCAAGUUCGGCAUGGAACAAGAUCCGACAGAUGGGGAGGACUGACAAGGAUAGGCACAAGGAUGAAGAGAAAAGGGGGAAAGUUGGGUUCGAUGACAGUUUCAUGGAUUUGGGUGGGGGUAAGUUGAGCGAGAAAGAGAAAAGUGUGGCCAGACGGAGAGCGCAUAAGCUCGAACAGUUAUUCGGUGACACUCCUCCAAGAGAAAUGUUCAUUACACCCAAACGUACACCUACAACCUCACCACAUUCCUCUACGAGCUCCACAAUACCCUCUCCUGAUCCAUUACAAGCAUAUCACGCUUCUCUCGAGGGUUUACUCUGGUUAGCAGAUACCGAUCGAACACGACUCGGUAAUGUCUUAGAUGCUAUCUCUGUCACUCCUAAAUCCAAUCGACCACUUGAUUCUUCACCUUCACCAACAUCUUUAGACACUUUCCUCGAUUUGGAUCUAGAUGUAGAUCCUAAUUCUCAUUCUGCUCGUAGACGACGCACGGGAAAAUUAUCACAAUUUUUCGGUGAGAGUGUAGAUUGGCAAAACCCACCGAGAAAGGAACAUAAGAAAAGUAGGAAAGAAGUUUUAGAUGGGGUUUUGGGUGAAAUGUGGAGGAACGUACAGACUGAAGUCGGUAAGAGAGGAAAAGGGAUGGGAACGGGUGAAGAGGUUAAUCGUUUAGGGGAAAUGGUCAGGUUGUUAAAAGGUAGAAAUGAUGGUAUGUGGGAAGAAUUAUGA